AUGAGUCUACUGCAACGAAGAGUUCGCGUGAGGAACCGCUCGCGUUGCGUGCUAUUGAACGGCAUGUACCAACAGGCAUUGGCGGCUUCAUGGCCUAGUUUGCUCCUGUCGCUUGUCGUUGUCUACCUGGCUAUUCACGAACCGCUAGAGCAGCGCACAGAAAGCGAUUUUUCAAGCAAAUACGGCAUGAUGUUCUUCUUCUGCGUGCAAACAAUAUCGACGGUCGGAUAUGGGUCACUGAGUCCCAGGCAAGACAGCGACGCCGCCAACUUCUAUGUGUUCCUGCUCGUUUUUUCGGGUCUUUUCGUCUCCACGCUACUGACGGGUGUAACGUGGGCCAAGUUCUCGAUCCCAAAGGCUUCGACGCUGCUAUACAGUGACGUCCUGCUCCUCACGUUCUUUCACUCGCAUCGCGCAGUCAUGUUCCGCGCUGCCAACAACCGCAAAUAUGGCGUUCUCGUUGAAGGGUCCUUCAGGUACAUCAUCUUGAUAGAGGUGGUGAUGUGA